GACUACGUCGGCCUCAACAGAACCCUACUGCCUCACCGACUUGACUCUUGAUUACCAUGGACGCGCCCUCUACCUCGGCAGCAGCUCUCAAGCUCGAGAUAGCCCGACUCACAGGUGUUAUCAACCGCCACAAGACUGGAGAACCUCACCCGCAACCGCGCCCAGCAGGACGGCCUGCGAGGGGCAACAUCUACGUUAAUCCGAACUACAAGCCGCCUAGCAAGCCUGCUGCACGUCUACAGAGUGCACCCGUAUCACGCUCCCAACCCAUUGAGCAAUCAUCUAACGCGCAGAAACACGAUGUUGUUAUCGGAGGAGUCACCUUCGAAGCAUCGGGGCGGAGCCUAGUUCGUAAAGACCUGGCCAAAUCGACAUCAAGUGCCCUAACGCGGCCCCUGCCAGCCAAAUCCGCCUUCAUCAGAGACAAGGCUGGAACAAUGGUUAAUGCCAAUCGCACAUACAAACCCAAGACGUCUCGUAGGUUACGCCCAGCGGGUCGCAACAUGACUCUCAACAACUCGAAGAGACCUUAUCAGAACCGCCGCGUGUCCAACAAGCGGAAGUACUUGAAUAAGCCUUGUCCUCGGUUCACAACCACAGGUGCCUGCAACCGCGGCUUGACGUGCAUGUACCAGCAUGACCCGUCCAAGAUCGCCAUCUGCUGGCCCUUCCUGCAGGGCAACUGCCCCAACACGGCUGAGACCUGCCCGCUCUCGCACGACCCGACGCCAGAACGCACGCCGCUCUGCGUGCACUUCGCGAACAACGGCCGGUGCACGCGGCGGAACUGCCCGUUCCCGCACGUCCGCGUCGGCCAGCGCGUCGGCGUCUGCCGCGACUUUGCGGUGCUCGGCUACUGCGAGAAGGGCCUGGACUGCGACAGGCAACACGUCCGUGAAUGCCCCGACUUCGCGGAGAAGGGCGCCUGCACGACCAAGGGCUGCAAGCUGCCCCAUGUCAUCCGCGCCAACCGCACCCGCAAGAUUGUCCCUCCCACGGUAACCUCCACGCAUACUGACGGCGCGGACGUCUCUGCUGGACAGAGCUCCGCCGCAGCUCCUGCUUCUUCUGUUGAGCCUGGUGCUGGUUCUGAUGCUUCCAGUUCUCAUCCGGUGACUGCAGAGGAUGCACAGCUCGGCGAUGAGUUCAUCUCACUCACGUUCCACGAGAGCGAAAGCGAAGAUGACGAAGAUGAAGAGAGUGACGAGGACGGAGAGGAUGAUGACGAAGAGGGCGAGGAACAGUCGGAGCCCCACACAGAGCCGUCACCGAGCGUUGAAGAUGUCUGAAUUAUUGGCUGUCUUGUAUAGUCGUCAUACCCCAGU